AUGAGAUUUGCGAACACGCUUUUAACGGUUUUGUUGAGCAAAAUUAAUCUUAGCCUCCUAAGCGCUAAUGCAAUAGAAGGUAUUUUCGACCCAAAUUGUUUUGUGGUGAAUAGUGAGUGUCCGAACAAGAAUGUCACCUUUUGGUUGUACACAAAUGCAACAGCUAAUGAACCCUUGCUGCUUGAUCCACUCAACUUGAAGCAAACGGAUUUCCCCACACGUCGGCCAGUUAAAAUACUAAUACAUGGCUAUACAGGAGAUCGCGACUUUGCGCCCAACACCUACAUACGCCCAGUGCUGCUGCAGCACGAAGAUGUCUAUGUCAUCUCACCCGAUUAUGGGCCCUUGGCGCGCGACCCUUGCUACAUCCAAGCUGUGGAGAAUCUGCCACUGGUUAGCCGCUGUCUGGCGCAAUUGAUUAAUAACCUUGUGGCGCAGGGCAUUGUGGAGAAUGAGGACAUACAUGUCAUUGGGUUUAGCUUGGGUGGACAAGUGGCUGGUCAAACCGCGAACUAUGUGCAAAAGAAGCUGACGCGCAUAACUGGACUGGAUCCUGCGAAACCUUUGUUUAUCACCGCCGGCAAUGAUCGCAAAUUGAGUAAAGAUGAUGCAGAUUUUGUCGAUGUCAUACACACAGAUGUAAUGGCACGUGGCAUGAUGCACCCAAUGGGACAUGUGGACUUUUACCCGAAUUUCGGUUAUGUGCAGCCCGGUUGCCAAGCAGAAGCAGAACCCAGUAGCUGUAACCAUGAACGCGCGCCACGUUUCUAUGCAGAAUCCAUCAAUCCAAAGCAUGAAUUCUGGAGUAGUCGCUGUGCGAAUUGGCUUCAUUUCAUACUGAAUAUUUGCAAUCUGGACUCCAAUGAUGCCAUGAUGGGUUAUUAUGUGGAUAAAAGCCUUAGCGGCACAUAUUUCCUCAAAACCUCGAACUCAACGCCAUUCGCUUUGGGCCGCGCGAAAGAUAAACCGGCAUAGGUGCAGACAAGUUGGCGCCAUAACUACGAUCUGCACAUGUUGGACGAUAAGGCUUGCGAACAGAUACUGAUGUGUCGCUUUUUGAAAUAUGGCGCCGAAAGUGCAGUGGGAAUGGUGGAGCAGAUGUCACCAAAUAAUUUAUGAAUGGGAAAAGGUGGUUGAACUAGUAGCUAAGUAUGUAUAUGCAAAAGAGGGCAGUAGAUGAUGUUUUGAGCGGGGAAGAAUUCAUUUUUUUUCUUGUUGUUAAAAAUCUAGGAAAGAA